UGAGCUACAACACUAGUGGGCAUUUGGUUACAAUAUUUACGCUUAAAGAUAUGGAACGCAAAACCCGCAAACUUCUUCCCUUUGUUCACUUGUUUUACAUCAUGUUUCUGAGUCAACUGGUGUUCUGUCAACUUGAUUAUAAAUUCUAUGAUAGCACUUGUCCCGACCUCACGAAAAUCGUUAGAUAUGGUGUUUGGUCAGCUAUUGCUAAUGAUACUAGGAUGGCGGCCUCGCUUGUGCGACUUCACUUUCAUGAUUGUUUCGUUAAUGGAUGUGAAGCUUCUAUCUUACUUGAUGAUAUUGGCUCAACAUUUGUUGGGGAAAAGAAUGCAAUUCCUAAUCAAAAUUCAGUUAGAGGUUAUGAGGUUAUUGACAAUAUAAAGGCUAAUGUGGAGAAAGCCUGCCCAUCAACCGUUUCUUGUACUGACAUAUUAACUCUUGCAGCAAGGGAUGCUGUUUUUUUUGCAGGCGGAUCAUAUUGGCCGGUACCCUUAGGUCGCCGAGAUGGCCGAACAGCAAAUAAGACUGCAGCUAAUGAACUCCCAUCACCUUUUGAGUCCUUGGAUAACAUCAUUGCAAAAUUCAAUGCAAAGGGUCUUGAUAUAAAGGAUGUGGUUGUGCUGUCAGGUGCUCACACCAUUGGCUUUGCUCAAUGUUUCACAUUCAAGUCAAGGCUCUUCAACUUUGGUGGUUCGGGCAAGCCUGAUCCAGAACUUGAUGCAUCAUUUCUCAGAGGUCUUCAAAGCGUUUGUCCAGAUCAAGCAGAUUCAGACACCAAAUUGGUUCCUUUGGAUUCCGUUACUGCUAACAGAUUUGACAACAGCUACUACAAAAAUCUUGUGAACAGUUCUGGUCUUUUGCAGUCAGAUCAUGUUCUUAGUACAGAUAAUAGAACUGCCUUAAUCGUCCUUAACUACAGCAAGUACCCAUAUCUGUUUUUAAAAGAUUUUGGAGCAUCAAUGGUGAAGAUGGCCAACAUUGGUGUGCUAACAGGACAAGAUGGGGAGAUAAGGAAGAAUUGCAAAGUGGUCAACUAGUCCACCUAGGAACUUGUAUCUGUAAGGCAGCAAAAGAAGUACCUUUUAUUUUCAUCAAGUGUAAAAUUUCUGUCCGGAAUGAAAUGCAGGCUUCUGCUUGUUAACAACUGAAUGUAACCUUGUGGCUUUGACAUGUAAAUGUAAGGUGUUGAAACUGAUGAAUGCAUUUCCUGAUGUAAUGUAGGACCUCUCAAUUUUGAGUUUCAUUACCCUUUGUUCAACUUCAUGAAAACACCAACAACCAUUGCUGCUCUCAUUGCCAUAUUCAAUUCUUUGGCUACAUCACAUUUUUUACCAUUUGAAUAUAAAAAUCCAACCAUUUUAACAUUUGUAGUAUUACCUUACUAUUAAAUCAAAGUCUUUUCACCCAUUUUAAGUUUUGCCUUAAUUUGGCUUUCUAUUUCAAAGAAACAAUGACAAUGUAACAACCAACAACUGUUUUUGGUUUUAUGUCUAAUUAUUCGAGGGGAAAUUUCAUGUAUUUUGUUUGGGUAUAUGUUUUGGGGCAAAAAAAAAUACAAAAUUACAUCCUCUUUGAGUCUCGUCUAU